GUGUGUGACCGCUCUGUUUGAGGCUCGUCGAGCAGCAGGGAACUUGAAAACUUCACUGCUUUCAGCGAGAGCAGAUCCGCGACCUGAGCUUUGGUUUUCACAGCCAAAUCGUCGGUAGUCGUCCGCGUCCAGCUGCGAGCGACAGAGGAGGACCGGUCCGGUGAGAAGCGAGAGGCACGAUUUACGGCACGACCAUGGAUGAUUUAGAUGCUUUGUUGGCAGACCUUGAGUCUACAACAUCCCACAUUUCCAAGCGCCCACUGUUCCUGUCUGACGAGGCACCCUACUCUAUUCCUGUUGGGGGUCAAACCCAGCAGGACAUCUGCUCUCCGCCCCAAGUCCUGUCGACGCCCUCUGAACAAGCUCUGAACGGAUUAGACGAAACACAGUCCUUCAGUUCUGCUCAGAGAAGUCCCUGGUCCAGAGACAGCAGCAGUCCUACCCAACCCCUUGGUGAAGAGGACCACGUAUACAGUUUCCCCAAUAAGCAGAAGAGCAGUGAGGGAUCAGCCACUGCCAUGACUUCAUCCUUGGGCAGCAACCUCUCUGAGCUGGAUCGCUUGCUGUUGGAGCUCAAUGCUGUCCAGCAAACCACCCCAGCCUUCCCCACAGAAGAAGAGGUAAGUCCGCCACUGCCCAGCAGCAGUGUCAACCACUAUGUCCAGGAGAAUGGAGUCUCUGCUGCAGGAAAGGUCCCUCCACCUGUAAUGGAGAAGCCGAAGCGCAAUGCAGCAGCUCGAGGAAUAGAGGAUGUACGACCCAGUGUAGAGAGCCUUCUUGAUGAAUUGGAAAGUUCUGUGCCCUCACCCACCCCCACACCUCUAGCGGUAUCAGAUGACCCAGCAGAUGGACAGGAGGAAACACCAGCCCAGCAACAAGCCAGAAUGUCCGCCUCCUCUGCCACACGAGAGCUGGAUGAGCUAAUGGCCUCCCUGUCUGACUUCAAAGUGCAAAGCAAUAUCCAGUCUCAGGGGAAGACCUCUCCCACUGGCCCUGCAAAACCAGCCAACAAGCUGGACAACAUGCUGGGAAGCUUGCAGUCCGACCUCAACAGACUUGGAGUCCAGACCGUAGCUAAGGGUGUCUGUGGUGCCUGCAAGAAGCCCAUAGUUGGACAGGUGGUAACCGCCAUGGGCAGGACGUGGCACCCAGAGCACUUUGUGUGCACCCACUGCCAGGAGGAGAUCGGCUCCAGGAACUUCUUUGAACGUGAUUCACAGCCUUACUGUGAGAAAGAUUACCACAACCUGUUCUCGCCGCGAUGCCACUACUGCAAUGGACCGAUACUGGAUAAAGUGGUGACUGCCUUGGACAGGACCUGGCAUCCAGAGCACUUCUUCUGUGCCCAGUGUGGAGCCUUUUUUGGACCUGAAGGUUUCCAUGAAAAGGAUGGAAAGGCGUACUGCAGGAAGGACUACUUUGACAUUUUUGCCCCGAAAUGUGGUGGUUGUGCCCGAGCAAUCCUGGAGAACUACAUCUCAGCUCUCAACUCUCUCUGGCACCCUGAGUGCUUUGUGUGCAGGGAAUGCUUCACACCGUUCAUCAAUGGCAGCUUCUUCGAGCAUGAUGGCCAGCCGUACUGCGAGUCGCACUACCAUGAACGCCGCGGCUCGCUCUGCUCCGGCUGCCAGAAGCCAAUCACCGGCCGCUGCAUCACAGCCAUGGGCAAGAAGUUCCACCCGGAGCACUUUGUGUGCGCUUUCUGUCUCAAGCAGCUCAACAAGGGCACCUUCAAAGAGCAGAAUGACAAGCCCUACUGCCAGGGCUGCUUCCUGAAACUCUUCAGCUAGUGUGUGGUGUGUCAUGUGUCUAUAUGCACAUGUACCUUGUGUGCUUAUGUAUGUACUCACAUGUGUAGCAUGUAUGUGUGAUUCGGUGAAGUGGAAUUUUAAACAGAGGACCUUUUUUAGGUUUCGGGUCAGAUCAGGAGAAGCUAUGAGAAAAGUCCUUGGCAUUGAUUGUUGGGACUUCCCUGCCUGUCAAACCUCUUAGGUUUGGCAUUUUACUUUUACUAAAGGCAGGAGCUUUUAACAGAGCCCAAAGAGAUUUUUGCUAGAGUUUUAUUCCCCUGCGCCGAGAGGAUGCUGAUUUCCCCUUGUGUUUAGGGAACUCAGAGCCCUGAUUUGUAAAUUAUGUUAUUUUUCCCUCAUCACAGGGCAAGACCCUGCAUCAUAUGACCAGCCUAGGUGGCAGGAGUUUUUUGAUGGUUUGAGACUGCUGCUUGAAACCAUCAAAUGCAUGGACCAUGGAGAGUUGACUGAUUCUGAAAUAGUGUUGAGUAGCCAGUCCUUGGCCAGUGAAUGUUGGAAUAAUGUAAUGGAACAAUGUAUUUUUCUAAUUUCUACAACUAUUGCGGUGCCAUUUCAAAUCUACAUGUAAAAACACACAUCAUGGACACACGUACACUGAACGCAUAGGAGAUUAAAUCCUAUUUCUUUUAUUUUCCCCUCUCUCCCUAUCAUAUCUUUUUUCCUUAACUUCUAUAAAAGCCCAGCUCAGACUCGUGGCACCUUUCAACCACAGAUCUCUUGACAAGAAAGUCUCUGAGGUGCAUUUUGCAGUUUGGUAUGGUCAAAAUAUUAGCUCCUAUUUUUAUACUCUUCCUAUGGAAAUAAACCCAGGUGUUUUCUCAGUUACAGUGGACAUUCAGAUUUGUGCCCCUUGGCUUCAUUUAUUCUCAGUGGAACUACAUAGGGAAAGUGCUUGAUGUGAACUCUGGUUCCUUAUUUUCCAGCAGGACUAUUACAGCUGGCCACCAGUAGCUGUUAUGUUUUAUACCACAGACUUCAUAUUGAAAGGGGAGGAAAUAAUUAUGACACUCCCACUUUUCCCCCUCUGUAGCAACUUGGAAUUUUUCUACUUUACUACUGCAUUGACUUGUUACUUACUUCAUAAUUAAUGUCAGAUAUAAAAGUAGGACUAUUGUGACUGAUGACAAAAAAGUAGGUCAAUACAAGCACUAUAUGUGUUGGUUAGAAGUGUUGAACUUAAGGUGCACUUUUUGAGAAAACAAGCCAAAACGAUAGUGGUUUUCCUUGCUCUGGUUUGAAAAUGAUUUUAUUCACUGCUGUAUCUAUCCACACUUUUACCAGUCUUAAUACUCCAUUUAGAAUAAAAAGGUUAAGUUCAAUUAUUAUUUUCCAUAUUUUACUUUGACUACUGUCAUGAAUUUUUCACUGUAAUAAAUAUAUUGGGUGGGCAAAAUGUUUGCAGCCAUGCUGCUUCUGGCUGAUUCUUAAAGAUUUAAACCUUGGUUGAAAAUAUGCUUUCUAAUUAAGUGUGUUCUUUUUGCAGGGCAUUUGGAUUAGAAGCAUGCUGCAUUUUUUUGGUAGGAGGCUUGCACUUUUCUGGAAUUGUGUCGGCACUAGCUGCCAGUUGCUAUAACAAUCAGAAUCAAAAUUUCUAUAACAGUAAUAUGCUAGAUUUUGUGACAUAACUGUGUUUUGUCAGCUGGAUUUUUUUUUUCUUAGCUCUUUAGGCUCACAUUGAUAUGCAAAGAGCUGGCUCUAUGGGCAUAUGGGCAAACAAUAGUUCACCAUACACAGACAUCUAGCCCUCAACAGUCUUUUUUAAUCAUGAGAAAUAACCGUGAUCCUUCUAUCCAAGUUGAGUCAUAUUCCAUAUCAGUGCUAGUCUCACUGAUGACAGCUGGAUGUUUCUGUUAGCUGGUCAGGAAUCAGAAUACAAGGACACCAAGCCAGGGCCGAGCCUUUACCUAAAGUUAUGUACUGACUCUUUCCAUUAUACUCUUUAUUUUACAAGUGACUGUGUAUUGCCAGAUAUAUCGAAAUCAUUGUGUGAUGGUUUUUGACUGUGUUGUUUGAUUUUCUUAUUCUUUUCAGUGGCUUCCAUGCCAGCUUUUAAUUUUGGUCACUUGGUUUGAGAGGUUUUCAGUUAUAACACAGUUAACAUGUCAGUCACUUCAGUUUGUUUUUAUUUUGAAAGAACAUUUGUGCUUGUGCCAAAUCUGUCUGUGCAAUGAUGUCUUAUACACUGUGGAGUUCUCAGUCUUUCCUGUGAUUCUUUAUGGAUUGAACUCUGGGAGAGGCUUCAUCUGCUGCGGUGCAUCCUGUGCAGAUUUCCAAACAGAUCCCUAACAUCCACAGAACCUAACACUGUAACAGACAAGACUACGAGAUAUCUACUGUGCACUGAGCCAAAGACAGUAUAUUUUACUCCUCUAGUUGGUUCAGAUCUACAGCAGAGGUUUGGGACUCUGGGUGUUAGAAAUACUUGGAAAUCUACAUUUGCACCUUCAGUUUUAACUGUGUGUGCCCCUGAAAAUGAACAGGGAUUGUGAUUUUAUUUUUUGUCCCGUGUUUAUUUAUGAUCUUACAAUAUAUUGCCUUAUAGUUUCUGCUUCUUCUGUCAAAGGGUUCAUGCAAAAUCAAAGGCUUUUACUGGUAAUGAAAUUAAGUGAAACUUCCUCUGUAAAUGCAGACACAUUCUGGAUCUGCUACCAUUUAGAUUUUCUCAUGUGCCAUGAAUUUGGCUGUUUUCUGUGGGUGGGGCAUAAGCCUAUAUGGGUCCUGAUUACUGAGGUAUUUGAUUAAUGUAACUGCUGCAAAUAAAAUGACUAUUUCUGGCA